UAUAAGUCUUAUGAUAAUGUAGAAUGAUUUUUUUUAGAACUCCAAUAUCUGAUAUUGAUACAUAAUCAUCCACUGAUGUUAGAUGUGAGUGGUCACGUUUAAGGGAACCAUCUUUACAACAAUAUUCUCCAGUUCCAAUUAAACAAUUUUGUUGUUGCAAACCAAUAAUUGUUCCAAUCUGUAAUAGAGAACUAUCAGGUGAAGACAUUAGGUAUAUAACUAAAAUUAGAAACCUUACAUAAUAAUGAAUAUUAUUUUUUUUAGCUUUAUAUUUUAUGCAUUUUAGAUCUGCUUUUGCUUUUGCUUCGCCAUUAUCAGCUUUAUCUUUGCAUACUAAAGGUAGAAAUUUUAUUAGUACUGAAGAAAGCAGAUUAACAAACAUUGAUGCUGAUACUAAUUUUGAAAUUAUGUUGACACCUAAUAGUUUGCUUCAUAUUGUCCAUAAUUUUUUUGUCAAUGAACUAAAAAAUUGCUGUUUAGAUAAAUAUUCCCAACUUUUAGAUACACCUACAGAGUAUAUAAGAAAUAAGUCUCUUAAAGAUAAAGUCUAUUGGAAAGUUGUAAGACAGUUUAGAAUUACAGGUAGUCGAUGUUAUUCACUAUACACCUAUAAUAAAUCUCCAAAAACUGAAAAACAGUGGGCACUUAAGGCUAGUAGAUAUUUUUGGCCAAAACAAUUUACCAACAAAUUUGUAAAGCACGGCAUUGAGUUUGAAAGCAUAGCAAGACAACUUUAUUCAAAAACUAAUAGCUUAAAAGUCUAUGAAUGUGGAUUUAUUACCCAUUCAAUAACACCUUGGUUAGGGUACUCACCUGAUGGUGUGAUUUUAGAUGUAAACAAUAAACCUAUAAAACUAAUUGAAAUAAAAUGUCCUUAUAAAGGAUCAUAUCAAAGUCAAUUAGAUAUGCUUAAUAACUUAUCCUACAUAACAAAAAAACCUAAUGGUGAACUGGACUUAAAACAAAAUCAUGCAUAUUAUGCACAAAUACAACUUGGGCUUGUAAUGUUAAAUGUAACACAUUGUGAUUUUAUAAUUUAUAGCAGCUUUGAUAACAUCUAUAAUGUUAUUCCAAUAGAUUUUAAUUAUGACUAUUGCAAACGUAUGCUUUUAAGUUUAAAAUGUGUUUACUUUGAUAAACUAUUGCAUGAAAUAUGUAAAUUAUCAGACACUAGAUGA